AUGGCUUCUAGUUCUAGUAGUACUUAUGAUGUGUAUAUACCAGCAGAUAUCAUUCCAACUGCUGAAACAAAAAUCAAACUUGCAGAUAGUAUUCUAGUUUCGCCACUUGUUUUGGGUACUUGGGCUUGGGGUGAUAAGAGAACAUGGAACUGGGAUGAGGAAUUGAAUACAAAAGCUAAGGAAGCUUUUGAUAUGUCUCUAUCAAAAGGAAUUAAUACUUUUGAUACAGCUGAAAUAUAUGGUGGUGGAGAAAGUGAACGUUGUAUUGCUCGAUACAAACAAAAUCGUUCAGCUACUGAUACAGAGGAUGUUAUUAUUGCUACAAAAUUCUUUCCUUAUCCAUAUCGUCUAUCAUAUCCAAGCACACUUAUUAAUGCACUUAAAGCAAGUCUAGAAAGAUUACAGGUUCAAUGUGUUGAUCUCUAUCAAAUUCAUGGUCCUAUUCAUCUUCGUUCUAUUGAAGUUAUUGCUGAUGCAUUAGCAGAAGCAGUUAAACUUGGUUUAACAAAAACUGUUGGUGUUUCUAAUUAUUCAACAAAUGAAAUGAUUAAAAU